GCCUUGAAACAAAAUUUGCAUAAGAAGUUACGACGAACUAAGAAGGUGAAGCUUGGAAAACAGACCAACCUGUCAAUGAAUGAUGAAACCACCCCUAGUACCAACAAUUAUAGCAAUAAUAAUAAUAGUGAAGGCAAUGAUAGUGACAAACAAAAAGAAAUAUUUUAUAACCCCCAAAAAUUAGAUAUGCUUUCGAAUGCGAGUCAUAGUAAAUUAUAUGAAAACAAUAAUAGUAAUGAAUUCUUACCUUUCCAAAAAAUUCUUUCAGAUUUUAUGUAUAUAUUAGAAUCUAAUGUUUUUAGUCUAGAUAGUAAUAAUAAAAAAAAUACACUUGAUUUAGAAGUAGAUAGGUGA